AUGGAGACAACCCAAGAGAACGAAGAAACGUGUGAUGCGUUGAGGAGCGGCAGGCGCGUGCAUGUCGCUGAUAUCGAGACCAGCACUGAACCUGCAGAUCAAUAUCUCGAGGCAGCUGUGAUACUCGUCUGGCCUUACUCUAGCUCAACUGGAGAGCUGUCCCUCUUACUAGCAGAACGCGACGUCGUCCUUCGAAAGGCUACAGGCCAGGUCAAAGUCACCUUCCAUGGACUGUGUGCGAGAGAAGUUGCUCAGACGAGGAUUGGAAUUGGCGAGAGCCUCAAGUUGAGCUUGGAGAAUGUCCAAGUGAUCAGAGAAUCGGAUGAAGUCUCUACACCAGGCAAGAAGGCCAACUUCACUUUGCAUUACAACACCGCGGUUCAAUUAGAGAUCUCUCAUACAGAUGGCUCGACUCAACAAGUCAACCUUGUCCCUCUCCCCUCGCCUACCAUUACUGCCUUCUCCAGCCCAGUCCGCAAUGGCCAUACCAAUGGCUAUAACACACCACAACAUGAAAGCAGCACGUACAAUCCUCAUGGAAUGUUGCCUACAAAGGCUACUCCUGCCAUAAGAACUGGCCCAAGGGUGUCUUCAAACUCUUUUCCAGGUUCUUUCGUCGACCCAUUCACUGAAGAAGAUGGUUCUACACCCGGACGCGGUCGCAAAAGAACCAAGUUUGCCAGGCACAGCGGUGCUUGGAGACUUGCAGAUCUUGGAGAUGAAUCAAUUGCGGUUGAAUCUGAAAACAACAAUCUUACCCCUGCGAGUGAGCCCGCAUCAAACCAGGUCAUAAUCUCUCCGAUGGAGCAGGAGGCUACUGCAGCAACUUCCACUACACUACCCUCUGCUGAGGUUUCUGGUGCUACGGAACAGCACAAAUUAGAACAGCAGAAUAUUGCUGACAUUGAACCUGACCUCGAGCUCGCAAGCAUUGAACAUCUAUCGACACCGGAUCCACAAGAUCCACUUCUUUCUGUUGAAUCUCCUGCUAAGGACAAGCAGCGACUCAUGCGUGAACGACCUUCGCUUGGCAGCGACAGCAUGCCAACCCCAAGAAUCCAAGCUCUAGCUUCUCCAGGCCUACCACUUGUAUCACCUCUGUAUCAACGAUCUGAUUACUUUCCCAGAUUCGAGAGACAAAUGUCCGAGCUUGAUGCAAGUGCUGAGCCACAAGGCCUCCUGCAAGUACCUCUACAGAUUGAUGCGAUGCGAACAGCAAUCAAUGAGCCAUUGUCGUCGCAAGCUAUAGAAUCUUCGCAAUUUGCCAUUGCUCCUUCUCCAGCAGAAGACCUUGGCCCACAGUCAGCAGUGCAUUUUACAAGUACCACGGAAACCGAAGUUGAUCUGGAUGCGCUGCAACAACAGAUUGAACUUGAGAAUGCACCCAUCUUUGAGACUCUAGUCUUCCCAGAUGUUGUCGAGAAUGAGGAUCUUUAUGGUCCUCCUGUAAUUUCAAAAUCAGGCCCACAAUCUCAAAUAGAGGUUCAACCUGUUGAGCACAUUAUGCAGAAGGAGUCGCCCAUUACUCUUCCUAUACCGAGUCCUGGUAAGGCUGCUAUUCUGGAUGACCUGGACGAUGACGACCAGGACUUGAAUUUGAUUGACUUCCAAGGAGUACACAACAUUGAGAGGAACUCCGUGGUAUCGGACGACGGUGACAUUAUUGGCGAGCCUGGAGGAUACUUCUCGUCUAUGCAGUCUGUGCUUCUUCAUGGUAGAGAUGAGACUCUUGAUGCUCCAUCGGAGCAUAUGGAAUCCACGUCACAAUUCACCAUUCCUCCUCAAAGCUAUUCAGUAACUUUCGACUCAAAGGAAAAGACUGAUGAUCACGAUAACGUCCCGCACGUCAAUCGAGAUGCAUCUACGGACACCAAACUAGUCUCGCCGGAAGUGUAUGGACACGGAGAUCCAGAUGAGGCACAAAUUAACCCAGGUAUAAUGCAAGGCUCAAACAGCCCGAUGGAAGUCGAGGACGUAGAAGUUGAACCACAGUCAGCUGCAAACCAGAAUAUUAUGGAUGUCUCAUCAGAUGAUACGGAAGAACCGCCACGGCUACGCUUCAGACCUGCUUCGCGGCAGCAAGAACAUUAUCUCGGCUUCGGUUUUGCCACAGAGAGGGCUUUUCAGGCCACUGAUCUUGCUGAUCUAGGACAAAGCGGAUUGCCUACAGCACAAGCUACGCAAAGUGGCCUCCAACAAGGAGACGGUGAAACAGCAACGAGGAAUGAUCUGUCCGAAGAGCUGCCGCCAACAUCAGCGGACACUCAGCAGAUCUUCUCAGCGGAGCGACCCCAUACAACAGGAGGAGAUUCUGCCAAUGAUAGACUAUCCGCUCCUGUAGAGGAAGUAGCAAUGACCACAGCUCGAAAAAUGCCACCACGGACGACAACUGCAUCGUCGUUGCCAGGUAGUAUUUAUAGCGACUACUUUACGCCUCGCAAGUCAGCUCCCACGUCAAAAAUUGAUCGAUCUCCAAGGAGAACUAGAUCUUCUGCCACUGGUGAGGAAGAAGAGACGGUAAGCUCGCAACCCGUCGUAUCUGGUCGCGAUAACGAAACCUUGCAGUCAGCAUCACCCAAUGUGCUUGGUGUUACCGAAAUGCAAGCAGAUCCUGUCCCGCCACCUCUACUGAGUCGAGGAGCAAGCACUCACCAUACUUACUUCGCUAAUUUGUCGUCCUUGAGAGAUCACUUUAACCAAUUUGUCGAUGUUCUAGCAAUAUCUGUGGAAGACACGUAUGCUCCUGAACGUGCAAAAGCUGGUCCCAAGGACUAUUUCACCACAUUUCAUCUUGCAGACUCCUCGCUUAACUCGGACGGAAACUCUACAAUACAGGUGCAAAUAUUUCGACCUCGAAGAAAUGUCAUACCAAUACUUCGACGUGGAGACGUGAUGUUGAUGCGAAACUUCAAAGUCCAGUCUCAGUCGCACAAGAUGUCCCUGCUCAGCCACGAUAGCUCCGCCUGGGCCGUGUUCCACCUCGAAGCUGCUACUGACGACCAAGCAAGCAGAAUAUCAGUGACUGUAUCCGGUCCACCAGUUGAGUUUGGCGAUGCCGAGGAGAAGUUGGUCAACGAAAUUUUCGAAUGGUGGGCGCGAGAUGGUCAAUCACUUUUUUCUGAGCGUCCAGCCAGCGAACAGCCUCCGACUGACCAAGGUCAAACGAGCACACGCAAAACCAGAAGAACAACCGCAACCUCAGAUUUGGAUGUAAGAAGAAGUCCCAGGGCCGCGAGAAACGUCCGUGAGGCUAGCACGGACGACGCUACUUUAGGUACUGUUCCACUGCGAAGUCCGACUUUUGUCCCGAUAUCCCCAACACGUUCUCUCAGAAGUUCGAUACCUCCACCUUCAACGUCCGUUGUCAGUCCAACCUCGCCGACCUCGGCGACACGACCCCGAACACGCAGUACAACACAGCACUUGCGUUCACUCUCGGCCACAACUACAGGCCCCAUGGUGGCACUUAACGAGGAGGACGAGCUCCUUUUACCAAGCGCCGAAGAAACUAGAAAGAGUCCUGGUACAAUGAAAGUGAGAUCCAAUAUGGCUGACAGCUCUGCUACACACAAUCGACAAGCUUACGGCUUAGAUGGCGUGAUCCCAAGCACUCCCAUCGCUGAUGCAGCUAGAGGUGAUGAUGUACACAGCAAUAGCGCUAGCACCAGACGACAUCGUCAUGAACGUCGCUCAAUAGGUCUCGUUCAUGAGUUACGGGAUGGAACACAAUGGGUGGAUGUGGAAGAGACCGAGGUCGUCAGCGUCAGUGCUAGCGAGCAAACAGACGACUCUGGAGUUGAGGAAACGGAACAAGGUCUGACACUCUCUAAGGCAAACGACUCAGACGAUGGUGAACAGGUCCAACGAUCCACUGCAGGUGCCCGUAGCUUCACUGGUAUACAGGACGAAGGCACAACUAUUGAUGAGACUACAGCACAAGGGGAAGCCCAGCCAGUCAGAAUGAAAGGGUCCGCCAACAAUACAACAGAACUUACACCAGCUAGGCGUGGCCGUGGUCGAUCACGAAAGGAAGUUGAAACAGAGUCAGAUGCUAGUCCAAUGCAGACUCACGAAGAGCCACGAGUGACACCUGGCACACGUCCUCGAGGUCGACCACGCAUGUCUCGAGCACAAAGACAAGCUUCGGCUGCUAGGAAGAGCAUGACCGCCGUCAGUGAAGCAGGUGAAAGUAGCGAGGUUAUUGCCACAAGAAGUAUAGACAAGGAUCGUGACGACGAAGACGAUGUGAAUGACAAUGUCCAUGAAUUAAGGGAUGGUGCUCGUUACCAGGACUGA